UUUGUAAAUUAACUUGGUGACAAUGAGAAUAACAAUUUUAUUUGUUGUCUUUUCUAUAGCUGGAAUCUACGCCUUCACAGAGGAUGAGACGAAACAAAUUAGAAAUAUUUGUUUAAACAGAAUUGGUAAGGAAGCCAAUUUAAAAGGAAAACGAGGAGAUGAAGGAUUUUCUGGUAUGCCGGGAUGGCCAGCACCUCCAGGAUUUCCAGGGCCAAAAGGACAAAGCGGUAUAAUUCCUAAAUACAUGAUUAGUGAACAUGGUAUGCCAGGUCUAAGAGGAGAAAAAGGUGAUCCAGGGCUCCCUGGACCAAUUGGUCCUCCAGGACAGAAAGGCGACUGUCGUUGUUUAAGGGGAUAUCAGCAACUCAAGUAGGCUUUAAUGACAAGAAUGUAAAGGAAGCAAAAUUGGUCCCACAACAAGUUAUGUAACAACCUUAGUUAAUAAAUUUUGUUGAUUAGGUAAUACUGAUAUGUUUUAUGUUUGUGUAAUUAUUAACAUUAA